AUGGCGCCUACAAAAAAGCCGCUGUCGUCUCCCAAGACACGCUCAUCGUCUUCGCAGCCAACUCUCAAAAGAGUAAAAGGAGAGAAUUUCUAUCGCAAUGCAAAGCAGGUUGGCCGGCUGAAGAUGCUCAAUGGGGGCAAGCCCAUACGUGAUAAAGAUGGUAAGAUUAUCCAGGCUGCAGCCUUUCAGAAAGGCGAGGAUGAAACAAAACCGGGCAGGGUACAGGCUGAUCGGCGAUGGUUUGGAAAUACGAGAGUAAUUUCACAGAAAGCACUCGAUCAUUUCAGGACAAGUCUUUCAACAAAGAAAGAUGAUCCGUAUUCUGUCCUGCUACGCAGAAACAAGCUUCCCAUGGCACUUCUGGACGAUGCAGCGAAUCCUAAUACACGAAAGCGGUCGCAUAUCGUUGAAACGGAACCUUUCAGCGAAACGUUUGGACCUAAAGCUCAGCGCAAAAAGCCUAAAUUAGACGCAGGCACCUUUGAAGAACUUGGAAAGCUAGGUACAACAGCUUUCGAAGAAGCAGAGACUAAAACCAAUGGGGAUGGUCAAUCGGCAGACUCAGCCGAGCCUCAGACACAUGCAGACUACAACGAACCUAUCUAUGCCAAGGGUACAUCUCGUCGCAUUUAUGGAGAACUUUACAAAGUGAUCGAUUCUUCUGAUGUCAUCCUACACAUAUUGGAUGCUCGCGAUCCUCUGGGAACGAUAUGUGAAUCGGUACUAGAAUACAUGAAAAAGGAGAAAGCUCACAAACAAGUUGUACUUGUCAUCAACAAGUGUGAUCUGGUACCAAAUUGGGUCACAGCACGUUACAUCAAGCAUCUCACCCCCCGCUACCCUACCAUUGCUUUCCAUGCCUCGCCAAACCACUCCUUUGGCAAAGGCUCGCUUAUUCAACUCCUCCGUCAGUUUUCACAGCUCCACUCCGACAAGAAACAAAUAUCUGUCGGUUUCGUAGGCUAUCCUAAUGUAGGGAAGAGCAGUGUCAUCAAUACCCUCAAAAGCGGCAAGGUAUGCCGAGUAGCUCCCAUACCUGGAGAAACCAAGGUUUGGCAAUAUAUCACACUAACUCGCCGCAUAUACCUUAUCGAUUGUCCUGGAAUUGUUCCUACUUCCGCACACGACUCGGAGACCUCCACAGUUCUAAAAGGUGUGGUACGUGUCGAAGCCCUUCCAACGCCCUCGGACCAUAUACCCGCACUCAUGGAACGUGUAAAACCCCUUUACCUUGCUCGCACGUAUGGCGUUGUACUGCCGGAUCCAAAGGAUCCUAGUUCGAUGUGGAAACCUGAAGAAUUCUUGGACAAGCUGGCACGCAUGAAAGGUCGCUUACUGAAGGGAGGUGAACCCGAUGUAGAAUCGGUGUCCAAGAUUGUAUUAAGUGAUUGGGUGAGAGGCCGCAUACCGUUUUUCGUGGCCCCACCUGAGCGGUCUGAAGAAUUGAACAAAGCGGAAGCAAAAGCAGCCAAGUCAAAAGGUAAAGAAAAGGCUACCGAAGUGGAGAAUAACGAAGGCGUUCUGGGGGUAAAGCAGAGAUUAGGGUCUAUCAUGCAGAAGAAUACCUUCCUUGCAGAGGACGUUAGACCAAUGGAAGAUGAAGAUGAAGGUGGAGAGGAAGAUGCAGAGGAGCAAGCUGAAGGGGGAGACGAGGGCGUAGAAGAACUUGAAGAGGAGGAUGAAGAGGAGCAACUUACUUGGAACGAAGUGUUCCAUGAGGGGCCUCGAUCGGGCACAGCAGACAGAGGUGACGAGACGUCGCUUUCUGAGCAAGGUAACCUCAGUAUUAUCAAUGGAGAACUCAAUAUCGUCGAACUAACCACUACAGUAGGUGUGGCUCCAGAAGUCGAUGCGGUAGCCAAGAAAGAUCAGCGGAUGAAGACAAAUAAGAAAAAAGCAGAAAACUUCUACACGAGCACGAAUGUAAAAAACAAAAAUCGGAGCAAAGCUGCACUGCUCCAAUCUUUUCCCACUGGCAAAAAAGGUGCAGGACGAAAACGGCAUUAG